AUCGGGAAAAACAGCAAUGAAGAUCGCUGUGCUAUUCACCGUGGUUGCUCUAGCCGGAGCCUCGAACUAUCCGGACGAACCUUUCGGACAUCUGAAGCUCGAUCCCAAACUAGAUUCCCAUCAGGCGUUUGAGGAGCAGUGGGAUCUUGCGCAAGGAAUUUAUUUGAAAAUACAGCCAGUACUUGAGCUUAAUUUCCACAAGACCUAUAACGCGUUUGAAAAAAUUGACAGGCAGAUCUCAGUUCUGUACCAAAAUAUUUUGGAUGCAGGCAAGCUAUUGUUGAAUGAUAUUUUACACAACUCUUCGGAAAUCCUCGAAAACGUGAAUCAAGAAAUACAGGGAGCAAAUAAUAUCGUGAGCGAGUGUUUAGAGACUACCGCACAAAAACUUCGCACAAUCGGAGAAGAAGCUUUCGCGAAAGCUAAUGAGUGCAGCGAAACCUUGAUCGAAGAAAUUGACAACCUGAAGUUUUCGCUUAAUGAAUCACUUGCAGCCUAUUUCUACGCCGAAAUUGAAGAGCUGGAGACUAAAUUUCGAUAUCAAUGUUAUGAUGUAAUUGGUGAUAUUUUUGAUCAAGUUAAUUGCUUCGUUAGAUUUGUACCAACAACAACUAACGCCGCAUUUCAUAUGUUUAAAAAAGUCGAAGAAUUCUUCUACGAAUAUUACAAUACCGGAAUCCUGAGAGCCGACUAUGCCCAUAAGUGUUUCAUCGAUGUCAUUGAUCUGGUGCGAGCUGACGCUAAGACGGCUAAGGAAGAGUUUUACGAAUGCUUACAACAACCUGGAUCAUGAGACGCACCCUAACUAGAACUGAAACAUCGACCAAAAGAAGAGAGGAAUGCUUAGCAAUUUUUUUU